AUUUUACAAUACAUCAUUCUUUUUUUGCCUAUAUAUAAUAGUACCCAUAAGUGAUCCUCUUCACUUCCACCUCUUAAUUGUGGAGAUACUGAGAUACAAAUAAGAAAAUGUUUGAUUUUGGAAAGUUGGGCCAUGGAGGAGUAAUGGUACUAAUGAGAGUGGCAAUAUGCAUCACUAUCUGCUUCAAUGGUUCUGCAGCAUCUGCUCGAUUGCCCUCCGUUCGCAACAAACUUCUGGAGAAUGGACUUGGCCUAACUCCUCAAAUGGGAUGGAACAGCUGGAACCAUUUCCAAUGUAACAUCAACGAAGUGUUGAUCAGGGAAACAGCUGAUGCAAUGAUAUCGACUGGGCUUUCCGCGCUCGGAUAUGAAUAUAUAAACCUUGAUGAUUGCUGGGCAGAACUCAGCAGAGACUCUCAGGGAAAUUUUGUGGCCAAAUCUUCUACUUUCCCUUCUGGAAUUAAGGCGCUGGCAGAUUAUGUUCAUGGAAAAGGAUUAAAACUUGGAAUCUACUCUGACGCUGGAACUCAGACGUGUAGUAUGCAAAUGCCGGGAUCACUAGGAUAUGAGGAUCAAGAUGCAAAAACAUUUGCCUCAUGGGGAAUUGAUUACUUGAAGUACGACAAUUGCAACAACAAUAAUAUCAGCGCCAAGGAAAGGUAUCCUGUAAUGGCAAAGGCUUUACUGAAUUCAGGGAGGUCAAUAUUUUACUCUUUGUGUGAAUGGGGCCAAGAAGAUCCUGCAACUUGGGCAAAGUCUGUUGGGAACAGUUGGAGAACAACUGAAGACAUUAAAGAUAGCUGGGACAGCAUGACUUAUCUCGCGGAUCUCAACGACAAAUGGGCAUCCUAUGCUGGCCCAGGUGGAUGGAAUGAUCCGGACAUGUUGGAAGUUGGAAAUGGAGGAAUGAGCGCCAAAGAAUACCGAUCACAUUUCAGCAUAUGGGCAUUAAUGAAAGCGCCUCUGAUAAUUGGGUGUGAUAUUCGAUCAAUGGACAAUGUGACACUGGCACUGUUAAGCAAUGAAGAGGUUAUUGCUGUGAACCAAGAUAAACUCGGCAUUCAAGGGAAAAAGAUUAAGAAAGAUGGGGAUUUAGAGGUGUGGGGAGGACCCCUAAGCGGAAAUAGAGUUGCCAUUGUUUUAUGGAACAGAGGAUCUACAAAAGCUAAAAUUACUGCUCACUGGUCGGAUGUAGGGCUUAGUUCAACGACACUGGUUGAUGCACGAGACCUUUGGAAGCGUUUGACACAUACUUCAGUGAAAGAACAUAUCUCGGCUUCUUUGGAUCCUCAUGACUGCAAAAUGUACAUUCUGACGCCAAAGUAAAGUAACCCAUAAUGAGGCAGCAAAAAAUGUACCUUCUGUCUCCAAAGUAAGGUUGCAAGCAUCACCCAUAAUGAGGCUGCUUGUUAACGUUUAAUCAAAUAAAAAUCCUUUGCUCUUCUUGGCCAACUUGUUUCAUAUACGAAAGAUGUUCGCAUCAACCUAUUUAUAUAUGUAGCAUCAUGGUUUGAUUCUUCAUUUUUAUCCUCAUGAUAACAAUCAAUAUCCCCAGGUAGUGUAAUUUCUUUUCUGUUGUGUACUACUUAACGCCAGACUGGGAACGUACAGGAGGAUCUCCCAUCAACUGGAAUAUACAUUCCCUACGCUACUAACAGGAACGAAAAAAAUAAAUAAAAAAAAAAAAAAUCGAUUU